UAAACUCACCAUCUCCCACUGCCGUCUACCCUUUGUCUGUCCCGCACGUCGCACAAGCCAUGACCUUAGGGUUCAUAGAUGCAGGAGUGUGCCUUCUGGCCCUCAUCGGCCUGCUGAGCGUCUAUUACAAGCGUCGUCCUACCCAUCGAUAUCCUCCAGGGCCAAAGCCUUAUCCUUUCAUCGGCAACGUUCUCGAUAUUCCCGAUCAACACCCUUAUCUCCAGUAUGCGCAAUGGGCUCGCGAGUACGACUCUCCGAUAAUCAAGCUACAGGUCUUGGGGACCCCAAUGUAUGUUAUUAACGAUUUAGAAACUGCAGAGGAUCUUUUCGAGAAGCGGGCCAGUAUCUAUUCGAGCAGGCCACGUAUGCCUAUGCUCAACGAAGCUAUUGGAUAUGACUGGAACUUCGCCUUUUGCGAGGACAUGAAUCGAUGGAAACUCAGUCGUCGCGAGUUCGAGUUGCAAUUCCGUCCAGCUAUCACCCGGGAGUACAGGCCUCAGAUUCUCACUGCCGUCCACGACCUACUUCGAAGGCUUGUCGUCACACCUGACAAUUUUACCAAACAUAUUCGCCUGAUGGUGGGUGCCUUAAUUAUGGACAUCGGGUAUGGGAUCAAGGUCAAAUCCGCAGACGACAAAUAUAUCGAAAUUGCAGAGAAGGCGCAAGAAGGGAUGGAUCCCGCCACAGACAAAAACAUCGUGGAUAUCUUUCCUUGGAUCCAACAUGUGCCAAGCUGGGUACCAGGCAUGGGAUGGAAGAAACAGAUAGAUGCCUACAAGACGAUGGUGCUUGCAAUGUGUGACGUCCCGUACCAGCACGUCCUACAGCAACUGAAACUGGGUUCAGCCACAUCCUCUCUGACCACCAAACUCAUCGAUCGAUUUGAGGAGAGAAGUGGCAUGGACAGCGACACGAAGGAAUACUAUGUGAAGAGCCUUUCUGCGACGUUAUAUAAUGCCGGUACACAUACUACCAGCACCGCCCUUGAUUUCCUCUUUUUCGUUCUACUGGUUUUCCCUGACAUCCUGGAAAAGUCACAGGAAGAAAUCGACAGAGCAGUAGGCACCGAUCGACUCCCUGAUUUCACAGACGAACAGAAGCUGCCAUAUACAAGUGCGGUCAUCAAAGAGAUCCUCCGAUGGGGCGCUUUCGUACCUACAGGUAUAAUUCGCACGAACGCGGCGGAUGACAUCUACAAAGGCUACUUCAUACCGAAGGGAUCUCUUCUCGUGCCUAACGCCUGGGCGAUGCUACACGAUCCGCGUACCUAUGCAGAGCCCGAGAAGUUCAGACCAGAACGAUUCCUCACAGCUGAUGGUAAACUCGACGACACAGUGCCCGAUCCAGAUGCGAUAUUUGGUUUUGCUCGGAGAAUGUGCCCCGGCCGUUUUCUGGCGUUUGACACCAUGUUCAUAGGCGCUGCCUGCAUCAUCGCAGCAUUCAAUAUCGGAAGGGAACUUGGCCCGGACGGUGAGGAGGUUACUCCUCCGCUCGUAUUUACCUCUGGACUAGUCAGGCAUCCUAAGUCUUUCAGAUGCACAAUCACGCCUCGUUCUGAGAAAACUCUUGCGCUGAUUCACGCCACUUCGGCCAGUGAAUGAGUAUAGCAUGUGAGGGUUCUCUACCAAACUUCUUUCAUCGCUGCGAGUAAAUGAAGCCCAUAAUUGUCUUCCAUCCCAUCCGUUCGUUGAAAUACUUAUGAGCAUGCUGCUCGACGCCCCAUGUCGCUAGCUUCUCGUGGCAGAAUACUUGCGGUAUG